AUGGAAGGAAAUCCAGAAACCGAACCCGUGCGAGGGGAUCAACCCCUCGAAGCGGAAGCACAGGCUCCUGCAAAUAUUGAACCUCAAGGACAGCAAAAUCAAUCAGAAGCGACGAAUGAAGCUCCAGCCAAGGACACAGCCGAGGACACAGCCAAUGCUAACGUCAAAUCUUGGAUCGAAGCCCAAAGCGAGACCCAACCUCAGCAGCCUCAGCCCGAACCUCCAACUGAUGAUGCAUCUACAGAGGUCGACGAUGCUGUAGGUGAAUUGCCCCGCGUCGAAAAUGAGGCCAGUACAGUGCUUGGCCUGACUGGCACAACAGCUGGAAGCGCUUCGACCACAACAUCAGUUCCAGGUACAGACGUCCCGGCACAGGCGCCAGCAACAAGCGCCGAAGCUGGAGUUGGAAUUGGAGUUGGAGCUGGCCCGGCUUUGAUAACUCCACGCGGGCGGGCUGCAUCAGCCUCCACUGGAAGCCCCUCCACCACAGCCCAUGGCCAUGUCCCUCAAUUUGUCGCUCCGUCAUCCUACCUCCGACGCAGGACUUCUAUCCGGAGCCCAAUGGCGCCCACCGAGCCAAAACCUCUCAGUCCUUUGGACAAAGAUCAGUUGCAAGGUCUAAAUGCCAUUCGCGAUUUCCUCAAAGUUCGCACCAGCUACGAUGUUCUACCUCUCUCGUUCCGACUCAUCGUCCUCGAUACCGACCUCCUCAUCAAGAAGGCCAUCAAUAUCCUAACCCAGAACUCAAUCGUGUCAGCUCCUCUUUGGAAUUCAAAAACCUCCCGGUUUGGAGGUAUUCUUACGAGCACAGACUUUAUCAAUGUGAUUCAGUACUAUUGGCAGUUUCCUGAUGAGUUCAGCAAACUGGAUCAAUUCCGCCUGAGCAGUCUAAGAGAUAUCGAGAGAGCGAUUGGCGCAAUACCUAUCGAGACGGUUUCGGUUCACCCUUCGAAGCCGCUAUACGAGGCCUGCCGACGCAUGCUCAAGACUCGCGCUCGAAGAAUCCCACUUAUCGACGUUGAUAGUGAAACCAAUAAGGAAAUGGUUGUUUCCGUCAUCACUCAAUAUCGUAUCCUCAAGUUUAUCGCCGUCAACAACGAACAUAACACGGUACUGCUGAAGAAGACGGUUCGAGAUAUCGGUCUUGGUACAUAUACGGGCAUAGCUACAGCAUCGAUGCACAGCGCCGUAUUAGAAGUGGUUCAUUUGAUGGUUAAGCACAACAUCAGCUGUGUUCCGAUUAUCGACUCACAUGGUCGGGUGCUGAACGUAUUCGAGGCGGUUGAUGUUAUUCCCUGUAUCAGAGGAGGCGCGUAUGAGGAACUGGACGGAUCCGUCGGCGAUGCCCUUUGCAGGCGAUCCGAUGAGAGCCCUGGCAUUUACACAUGCACCGAAGGCGAUCGCCUGGAUUCUAUAUUCGACACUGUCCGAAAGAGUAGGGUUCAUCGUCUGAUAGUGGUUGACGAUGAUAACAAGCUCAAGGGCAUCAUCUCUCUCUCAGACAUCCUCAAAUAUGUCUUGCUGUAUGGAGUGGAGGACACAAGCAACUGGGCUUGA